ACCUGAAUAGCCUAUUUGUUUAAACCAUAUACGCACAAAGUUAGAAUGGUUUCGUCUUCAGCAACAGCAUGUGCACUCUUUUAAAGGGUCGAUUCGUGACGCGUUCUUUUUCUGUAAGUGACUAGGCUAUGGUACGGAAGCCUGUUUCUAUUUUGAGGACGUAACUAAUUCUGGAGUCUGAAAUAUCGUUUUACCCGGUAAAUCACUUCCGUGACGCCGUUUCCAAUCUGGGAAAACACACUGUGUUUCAUAUAAUGCCUUUCUUCAUGUAUUGAAUGACUGUAGAAGUUGUGAAUUUAUUUUGAACCCACUUUAAGCGGCUAAUUGUAUAGCAGCUUUUAUUUAAGUUUUAAUGUAGCCUUCGCCCGCUGGAGGUCACUGUUUUAUGAAGGCUGUUUCUUCUGCACGAGAAAGCAAGGGGAAAAGAAUUGUAGGAGGCGAGCGGCGCCCCCCCGAAGAACGUCUCCGCUGCGCUGCUUGUACUGAACAAUUUGAAACUUCUGUGUGGAGCGUAGCGAGGAGCGCCGGGAAUCGAAAAGGAAGCCCUGGACUCAGGGGAAACAGAACCACUCGAUAACGGUCCAGCUCGGCUUACUACCGAAUCCUGGCACCAUGGACGACCUAGACGCUCUGCUGGCGGACUUGGAGUCCACGACAUCCCACAUCUCCAAGCGGCCGCUGUUUCUGGCUGAGGAGUCGUACUCCUACCCCACGGGACACGCCCCUCAGGAGAUCUCCGUCCCGCCCCCAGUGCCUCCGCCCCCCUCCGCUGAAGCCCUGAACGGCACGGUGCUAGACCCCCCCGAAUCACAGAACUCCUCCCAGCAGAAGGGGUGGUCCCAGGACAGCAACAGCCCCCCUCCAAACAAGAGCGAAGAGGAGCACGUGUAUAGUUUGCCGGUGAAGCUGAAAGCAGACCCUGCAGUGAGCGGCUGGGAGAUGGGAGACAACCUGUCAGAGCUGGACCGCCUGCUCCAGGAGCUGAGCGCCGUUCAACAAGCUCCGGCCUCAUUCGCCACCGAGGUGAAAGCCGCUCCCCCUGUGCCCUCCAGCAGCACCACAGACUUCAUUCAGGAGAACGGGGUGUCAGCCGCCAGCGGGUGCCCCGUUCCCAAGGAGACGGCCAGCCGGGCCGGCGUGCGCAGCAUCGAGGACGUGCGCCCGAGCGUGGAGAGCCUACUGAACGAGCUGGAGAGCUCCGUGCCCAAUCCUGUCCCCGCCCAUGCUGAGUUGACAGGCGGGCUGGAGGAAACGCCCAGCCAGCAGCAGGCCCGAAUCUCAGCCUCCUCCGCCACUCGUGAGCUGGAUGAGCUCAUGGCCUCCCUGUCUGACUUUAAGAUCAUGUCCCAGGGAAAGGUGUCAUCGCCCCCGGGGACCAGUCAGGGGAACAAGCUGGACAACAUGCUGGGAAGCCUGCAGUCCGACCUCAACCGGCUGGGUGUGCAGACCGUGGCCAAGGGCGUGUGUGGGGCCUGCCGCAAGCCCAUCGUAGGACAGGUCGUGACAGCGAUGGGGCGCACCUGGCACCCGGAGCAUUUUGUGUGCACACACUGCCAGGAGGAGAUCGGCUCUCGCAAUUUCUUUGAGCGCGACGGGCAGCCAUACUGUGAGAAGGACUACCACAACUUGUACUCCCCACGCUGCCACUACUGCAAUGGGCCUAUACUGGACAAAGUGGUGACAGCUCUGGACAAGACUUGGCACCCGGACCACUUCUUCUGCGCACAGUGUGGGGCGUUCUUCGGCCCGGAGGGUUUCCAUGAGAAGGACGGCAAGGCGUACUGCCGGAAGGAUUACUUUGACAUGUUUGCGCCCAAAUGUGGCGGCUGUGUCCGUGCCAUCCUGGAGAACUACAUCUCCGCCCUCAACUCACUCUGGCACCCCGAGUGCUUCGUCUGCAGGGAGUGCUUCACCCCCUUUGUGAACGGCAGCUUCUUCGAGCACGACGGGCAGCCCUACUGCGAGGUGCACUACCACGAGCGCCGCGGCUCGCUCUGCUCCGGCUGCCAGAAGCCCAUCACCGGCCGCUGCAUCACCGCCAUGGCCAAGAAGUUCCACCCCGAGCACUUCGUCUGCGCCUUCUGCCUCAAGCAGCUCAACAAGGGCACCUUCAAGGAGCAGAACGACAAGCCCUACUGCCAGAGCUGCUUCGUCAAGCUCUUCAGCUAGGGAGAGAGAGAGAGAGAGAGAGAGAGAGAGAGAGAGAGUGUGUGUGUGUGUGUGUGUAUAAGUGUGAGUAUGUGUGAGUGUGUGUGUGUGUGCGCGUGUAUGCGUGUGUGUGUCAGUGUGUGAGAGUGUGAGAGUGUGUCAGUGUGUGUGACUGUGUGUGUGCAUGUGUGAGUGUGUGAGUGUGACUGUGAAUGCGCGUGUGUGUGUGUGUGUGGGUUUCAGCAUGCAUCCACUCUGUUUCUAUGUGUGAGUGUGUGUGCAGGUGUAAGUGUGUGAGUGUGUGUGUCAGUGAGAGAGUGUGUCAGUGUGUGUCUGUGUGACUGUGUGAGUGUGGGCCUGCCCGCAUGUAUGUGUGUACAUCUGUGUGAGAUAGAUUGUGUGUGUUUGCAUGUCUCUACCGAGAUGGGUCGAUUUUAACUAAAUCACAGGUUGAGUUUUUUGUUUUUUUGUGAAUGAGGAUUCCACAGCACCCUCUGCUGGUUGCCUGGUGUUGGGCAGGAAUCUGUGGGGUCGCUGCAUUUCAGGGCAGGCUUGUCAAAGCAGGAUUCUUAAAGAAAGCUUGGAGACAGCAUGUUUAAAAAAAAAAUAUUCAUUUAGUUUAGCCUUUGGCAGUGGGAAGGGGGAAAUGUGUGUCUUAUUUUAUGUUGACAGGAGUAUGCGCAUUGGCUGUUUGUGGGGUAUGUGUGUGUCUUUGUGUGAACAGCUCACCUCUGUCUGUGCUGUCUUUAACCUAGCCUCCCCCACGAUGCAACACUGACGGCCCUUGUUGUGGCUAUUUAAGGAUAAGCGUUAAGGUGUGGUGUUGUUGUUUGAGAAGAAGUGUUAAGGCAUGGCGUUACUGUUAGAAAAGAAGUGU